GUGGGAGGAAGUGUGUAGGUGGGGAGCGAGCACCCAACUGCAGCAAAAGUGAAGUAGUGUUGAUGCUCAAGUCAGUCAGUUCUUCAGCGUGACCGUUCAAGGUAAUAAGAGACGUGCACCCGGGACAUCACAACCAUCACAACAGCAGCAGUGUUACCAUGGAGACUGGCAAGCAAGAGAUAGAGAAAGCACAGAAAGAGAUGGCUGCUUACACGCACUCAUUGCCUGGAGUAUCAGUGCAGGCUGUGCUUCAGUCUUCUGCAGGGGAACAGGAGCCGGCCAAGCUCUGUCUUCCCAUGCCUCCAAUCUACUCCAAGGAGACACUUCCUUUCCUGACGCUCCAUAUUGUUGGUGGACUGCAAUCCCAGUCGGGAUUGAAUCUGGCAGCUGCUGCUCCGAUAGCCAGACCAAAGUCUUCAGGUAAGCAUGUGUGUCCUCACUGUGGGCGUGACUGCAUGAAACCGAGCGUCCUGGAGAAGCAUCUCCGCUGUCACACUGGGGAGCGGCCUUACCCCUGCACCAUUUGUGGAGUUUCUUUCAAGACUCAGAGCAACCUUUACAAGCAUAAGCGGACUCAAGUUCAUGCUCGUCUUUCAUAUGAAUCGGAGCAAAGCAGCGUGGGCAGUCUAGAGGGCAUAUCCAGAGAUAUGUGUACCACUGAUUCAUCUCUGGAUGAGUGCCCAAAGGAAUCGCUAAGCCUGGAACAGGAUGCUAAAACAGCAGAAGAAACCAAAAACAGGAAAAAACAGGGCAAUGAACAACCACAACCUCUGCUGAACCCUAAUCAACACAUUCCUCUUCAGAGACAAGGGGCCACUCUGUUCUCCAAGCAGUGGGAGAACUCGGGAUGCAAAGCGAAAUCAAAGAGCCAUGACAGCAUUGACUCAGGCUUCAGUGAGGGCAGUGACCAGUGCCCUACUCCAGCAAGUCUUAUACCUGACCACCGUGUAGAAAGCCUUGCAAGUUGUGGCACACAUCAUUCUGAAGAGCAUACUAACACACGUGCACCUUUAGAAGCAGGUUUACAAGGGCUCGGUGAAACUGAGAGACAGAAAGAUCAUAAAGCACUGGAGGAGCGGAUAUCCAAACUGAUUUCAGACAACACAUCUGUUGUGGAGGACAAGCUCCUGGAAAAUGUGAGGCCACGUAAGACAAUUCUGUCGAAGCAGGGUAGCAUUGACCUCCCGAUGCCGUACACGUUCAAAGACUCCUUUCACUUUGACAUGAGGAACAACAAGGCCUUGAACAUGGGAUUACAAAAAAAUUCUGGAUUGUAUCGCUCAGCACCAACCCAACACUCCACAACCAUGGAGCCUGCCCCCUUAGUCCGAAGCAAUUCCCUACCAUUCAGUGUUACUCUCUUUCAGCCCGAGAAGAGCUGCCCAAACCCUUCCGUUCAGAGUGAUUAUACAAUGCUUGCACAGAGCGGAAGCGAAGCUAUCAGUCCAACCACUUUUGGAAUAAAGUCAAGCAAUCAUCAUUCAUCCGCCCAUCAUCCACUGGUUCGUCAAACUGCUAUAGACUGCAACCCCCCUACAGAAGCUUGUGUAAUGAACUCAUCUGUGGAGUCUGCCAGUCUCAGCUGUGACGGGGAUGACAGUGACAUUCAUGGAGAGCCCAGAAAACGAAAAUUCCAGAGGAAGAAAUCACAGAAGUUUGCUUACAACAAGUGGUACGCAUACAGAGGGGGAACAUUCAGAAAGCUCUAUAGCGCUGACAAAGUUGACGAUGGGGGCGUUGGUAAAAGCAGGAGGACACCCACAUCAAAUCAAGAGCAUGAGUUUGUUCAGGGCCUGCAAAGGAGGUUGUCAGUCAUUACCAAAGAAGCAGUUAUGCCGGUGGCGAGCUUUGCAACCGGCAAUACACAACUUUGUUCUUCAGGUUCCUCUUUUGUAAAGAACAGCAAUUCAGAUAUAAGUCAUCAAACAUUUCACACAUUGCAAGGCAAUUCCUCAGGCAGUGCUGUCAAAACUACUCUUUGGAGAAAUCCCUCUUUGUUAUCGUUUCCAUUAUUCUCAACUGGAUCACCUAAUAUGCAUAAAACUGACAACACCGACAGAGGAGUAGAAGGGCUUCAAGAAAAACACACUUCACACAUCUGUGGAGAAUCCGACAGUAAAAAGCAGAGAACUGAUGACAAAGUAUUUUGGCCUGUGGGGAUGGAGACUGACCCACACACCUCGACUAAAACCCCUCAUUUGACCACUGUUGCUGUGCCUCGACAAAAUACAAACCUCAGUUAUGUCAACCAACCAACAAAUCCAAAACCAGCUCAAGUCAAAAGAGUUGUCUUUCCUACACCCUCAGUUAAUAAAGCGCCCAGUCCCUCUUCUGCCAAGAACAGCUUUCUUCCAAAGUACCAGCUGAAGUUACCAAACACCGCAGAGCCUGAAUCAACUCCGGUACCUGUUGCUGAGCCUUCAAUGACAGGAACUCUCCUGCCUGUGAUUAAAACCACAAUGGACACACCAACUAUUGCUACCAAAGUAAACCAGACACCCACUGUUGCAGUUAAAGCCUUUUCACAAGGCAAUCCUGCUCUUUUGUCCUACACACAUGCUUCAGGGGCGUCCGGUCAGUUGAAUCUUGUAAACAGAUUAAAUACCACAGUUUCAAGCACCCCAACGACGCCAUGUCACAUUGUGCCACUUGACUCAGGACAGCCAACAGGUCAGAACGUGUUUCAUGUUCACACAGCGGACCUUCAGAUAUGUCUACAAAUAAUAUCUGAUGAACAGCUGGCUUUAAUUGAACCCCAGAUUGAGCGUCAGCUGGGAAAUACCCUUUCUCAGAGACAGAACGUGGACAAAAUGACUUCCGGGGUGAUCCAGAUGAAAGCACACAACUCUGUCUCCAGUACCAAUGAGGGGAGGCAUCUUGAGGAGCCCAGUAGUCCAAAUGGGCUUGAUCAAAGUCUGCCUUUACCAACGCCCGACUUGGAAAACAGAAACCCUAUCCAAGUAGGUGAGAUGCAGACAGAGCACAGUGAUUAUACACAGGCUACAGAUUUAGCUGAAUCAGAACCACCAGAAGAUGGAUGUUUACCACACGGUCACAGUCUUGUCAACACAACCACAGAGGCCGUGAGCAGCGAAAACAUGGUGUCAACAGCUGUUCUAACCACAACUGUAAAUCCAGAAGGGAGCCAAACCUUGACCUUUCCUUCCCCAAGCACAGAAAUUCAGAGCUCCAUGAAAAGUGGAUCGUUAGAAGAAAGCCAACAUGGACAUACAAUUCAAGGAAGCUGGAGUACUGCAAGUACAAUGGAAGCCCAGAGUGAACCUUGUGCACAAGCACAUGUGGAGCCCAUUCAGUCCACGAAUGCUUCCAUUUCUGUGGAUACAUGUCAAAUCCCUAAAGAAGCAGACAGACAAGCAUCCGUCUACACCAAUUCAGCGGAAUCUGCAUCAUCACAGACUCUACUUUUGUUGAAGCAUGCACAAUCUGAAUGCAACAGGGUGGGACAAUACGACAGUCCUUCCCAAACACAGGAACAAUCCCUGGACAGAAUAAGCACACAACCAAAACUUACCACAGAGUCAUCUAAUAUCCAGGAAGAAAAUGCCGAAGCCGUUCCAGAUUUGCCUGCAGGUAUUCAGAGCCCGAUUACAGGGCAUCUGGGGGGAACAAACAUGGAGGCCUGUUCAUCCCAGACAAAACAGCUGACAUGCGAGCAAGAGCGCUCUGAAGGACCAAAGAGCACAGGCUGGAGAACGAAACAAAGCCCAGACGCAAACUGCCAAUACGUGGACAGGUCAGGAGGUGAGACUGGAGACGAUGAUAAUGGAGGAAGAAAGAGGACUGAAGUGGAAACGUUGCCCGGCCAGUGGAGCACGGCUACGUCUAAUUGCAGACCAACACAGUCACCAGAUAUAAUAACUGCAAGGGAACAAGAGGCAGAGAGCAAGGUGGACUGUGGGCCAGAGGAGCAACAUGGUGGAAUCUCAGAGUUCUCUCUACACGAGCGAGCUGCAAACAUGGCUGACAACACUGAUGUCCAUCUUUUGGAAUUUCAACAGCAAGCAACGGAAAUGAACAAUAAUUCUUUAUCAGAGGAACACAGCUUGCAACAAACGAAUUCAAGUCAAUCCCAGUUUGUAGAGACAAGACCUUUUUUUCUACAAAGUGAGCCUGGCACCACUCUGACGCACACAUUACAAGACCAAAGAAUGAUCACGUCUGUUCAAAAACCAAGCACAGAUGAUAACAUGGCGGCCUGCUUUUCCCACAAAUCUGAAUUAGAAAGUUCUCCAAAAUCCCCAAAUCCCUCUUCUGUCGACAAAACCCGAUUGUCAACCGACCUGAGCCAAGUUUGUCCAUGUCGUGAUGUCUGUCGAUGUAAUGCUUUGACAGGAGAUAACGCAAUGAAAACUGUAUGCCAAUGCAAGCCUUUACUGCGCCCGAGUACUGAUAAUAAACCAGUUUCACCUGACAGCACGUGUCAGGGCAUGGACCCUCACGAAGACACUGGCAAAGGCCACUCUGUCUUCUUGGCGGACCAAACAGCGGAAUGUUGGAUCGGAGGAGCGAGACCUGUGCAAAGCUGCCACGAGUACACAGAAGACACCAGCAGCAGUGACGAUGAAGACAAGCUCAUCAUCGAGCUUUAAUGCACGCCACCGCAACAUGAACGCCAAAACAAGACAAACUGGACAGGGUGUGCCUGAGGUCUGGACACAUAGGCAGAAACACAUAAUAUAAAAUAAAAAAAACGAUGUGCUUUAAAAUACAUAAUAAAAAUAAAGGAUACAGUAUAAAUAAAAUGUUCCUUUUAAUUGACUGUAUUACUUUUAAAAUACAGUAUUUGUAUUCACAUUAUGAUACAGGGUGGGACAAAAUUCUACACAUGAGCAGAAAUUCAUACAAUAUUAAAAAAAAAAACCAUUUUAAUUAAAUAUCCAUUAAUUCAUUGGCCAGUUCAUUGGAUUUUCUAUGCCGCUUAAUCCUCAAUCCUAUCCUGAAUCCUAUCCCGGAUGACUUUGGGCGAGAGGCUGGGUACACGCUGGACUGGUCGCCAGCCAAUCAGAGGGCGCAAUUAACCAAACAUGCAGGAAUGUGGGAGAAUGUUUUGGAAUGUGGAAGCCGGAGUACCCGGAGACAUGCAAACCCCACACAGAGAUGCACAAUGGAGAUUCGAACCCAGAUCUCUUGACUGUAUAGUCAACAUGCUAACCACUAGGCCAUUGUGCGGCCCAAAAUUAAAAUAUAAAUUAUAUAUACAGUGGUCUGAAAGUGUUUGCACCCUUCCUGAUUUUUUUGUUUUUUUUUUGUCACACAUAAAUGUUUCAUAUCAUAAAUUUUUUUUGGUAGACAGCAGAAUUCAUGGUUCCAUUUAUCACAGCAAGUCUUCCAAGUCUUGAAACAGCAAAACAGCCCCAGACCAUCACACUACCACCACCACAUUUUACUGUUGGUAUGAUGUUCGUUUUCUGAAACGUGGCGUUACUUUUACGCUAAAUGUAACACACAUCUUCCAAAAAGUUCAACUUUUGUCUCGUCAGUAUUUUCCCAAAGGUCUUGGGGAUCAUCUAGAUGUUUUGAGAAGAGCCUUGAUGUUCUUUUUGUUCAGCAGUGGUUUUCGUCUUGGAACUCCUCCAUUCAGAUCGUUUUUGCCCAGUGUCUUUCUUAUGGUGGAGUCAUGAACACUGAUCUUAACUGAGGCAAGUGGAGCCUGCAGUUCUUUGGAUGUUGUUGUGGGGUCUUUUGUGACCUCUUGGAUGAGUCGUUGCUGAACUCUUGGUGUAAUUUUGGUUGGCUGGCAACUCCAGGAAAGGUUUAGUGUUCAGUGUUUUCGCCAUUUGUGGAUAAUGGCUCUUGCUGUGGUUCACUGGAGUCCCAAAGCUAUAGAAAUGGCUUUAUAACCUUUUCCACUUGAACUCAGAUGUGAUAAACCACAGUUAAGUUUUGGUUUAACAGAGGGGGCAAUCACUUUUUCACACAGAGCCAUGAAUGUGAGUGUGAAUGGUUAUUUGUCUAUAUGUGUCCUGCAAUUGGCUGGCGACCGGUCGCCCCUGUCUCUCGCCCAAAGUCAGCUGGGAUAGGUUCAAACACCCCCGUGACCCUAAUGAGGAUAAGCGCCAUAGUAAAAGGAUGAAUGGAUGGAUUUAAAAACUGUAAUUUGUAUUCAGUUGGGUUGUCAUUGACUAAUAUUUAAUUUUGUUUGAUGAUCUGAAACAUUUAAGUGUGACAACAUGCAAAAAAAAAAAAAGAAAAGAAAUCAGCAAGUCGGCAAACACUUUUAAAAAUAUUGGACAUAAUAUAAAUAAAAUGUUGCUUUUAAUUUGAUGUAUUAGUUUUAACAUAUUUGAAAUAUUUCAAUUUAUAUUAUUAUACAACACAGGCCAACAGUCUAGACAUAUAGGCAGAAAUGCAUAUACUAUUCAAAAAGACUAUACACAGUAUUAAACUUUAAUUUUAUAUAAGUGUGGGUAUAUAUGUGUGUGUGUGUGUGUAUAGAUUUAUAUAUGUAAAAUGAAUUAUUUAUAUGAAUAAAGUUUCAUUUGUAUUAUAUGUCCUAUAUUAUAUAUAUUUGUGGUUAAUUGUUUCCAGACCCAGCUGUAAUAAGUGAAAUUCAACAAAGUACAAUUCCAUAAUGAAAAAUUGAAUAUUUUCAUAGUCAGAGCAUAGAAGCCUACUUAGAACCUUUUAAAUAUGGUUUUGAACAUGAUUGGAGCCUUCUAGACAUGAAAUCCCUUUACAGUCAAUUAACACUGAAUCAAAGUUAAGUGACUCCAUGAAGCAGGUUUAGUUUCACCUGACCACUUGAUGGAAAGGGAUUGGUCUAGAGACGUUUCUUAAAUCUUGUUAAGAAGUGAUAUCAUCAUGCUAAAGAGUAGGAAAAUCAGCCUGGUCCUCAGAAUGAAGGCAGCAGAUGGAUAGUAAAUGGGAAGGAUAUACAGUACUGUCAUUUGCAAGCAUUUUACAGUCUCCAGAACAGCAGUGUGCUUCAUCACGAUAAAACACAAAGACACCAAUUCUGUCAAAAAUGCACCUAGGCAUGAUCAAAAAUUGAAUGUCAGAACUUGAGAGAAAAACAGUUAGAGAUGUGAACAAGAAUCCCCAGAUCUCUCGAAAGGUGAAUGACACUCAACUGGCUUUGUGCUGAAAAUGUCUGGCAAAGUCUCCCAUUCAUCAAGUCUUCAACUUUCACCUCCGGCAGAGCUACCCCUGGAUCAGGAUAUGGAGUCCGAAUGGACCGUAUUCUGCGCCUCCAUUGCUAAGGCAGCCAACUUGAGUUGUGGUCGCACGGUGGUCGUUGCCAGUUGUGGCAAAUCCAAGAGGGGACACCAGAGGUUAGUGGGGCUGACAAGCUGAAGAGGGCGUCUUAUCGAGCAUGGAUGGCUUGUGGGACCCCUGGAGCAGCAGACUAGUACCAGCAGGCCAAGCAGUACAUGGCUUUGGCAUUAAGUCAAGGCAAAAACUCAAGUGUGGGAGGAGUUCAGUGAGGUCAUGUAACAUGACUUUGGGUUGGCUUUGAAGAGGUUCUGGCAAACUGUCCAACACCUCAGAAAGGGGAAGCAGUGCUUGGUCCACACUGUUUACAGUAGGAGCGUUGGCUCAAUUGAGGAUAUAAUCGGGUGGUUGACGGAAUACUUCAAAGCCCUUCUCAAUCCCACUGAUGCACCUUCCACAGAGGAAGCAGAGUCUGAAGACACGAGCGCGGAGGUACUCAACCUUCUCUGUGGCAAAGCUCCAAGGAUGGACAAGUUUUGCCCUGAAUUCUUCAAGGCUUUGGAUGGUAUAGGACUGUCUCGGAUGACACCUCUCUUCAAGAUUGUGUGGAGGUCGGGAACAGUACCUCUGGAUUGGCAGGAGUGGUGCUACCCCUUUCCAAAAAUAGUGACCAGAAUGUGUGUUCCAACUACAGGUGGCUCACACUCCUCAGCCUCAAUGGGGAAGUCUAUUCCAGAGUGCUGAGAGAAGGGCAUGACCGUUAGUCGAACCUCAGCAAGAGGAGAUACAAUGUGGUUUUGAAAAAGCACGAUCACAAAUGCAAACCGACGAAAUGAGUUUCUUUCAUAGGGUGGUUGGACUCACCCAAAGAGAGAGAGCUAAGAGAACCACUGCUCCUUCACGUCAAGUAGAGCCAGUUGAGGUGGCUCAAGCAUGUAAGUUCAGAUGCCACCUUGAUCUUUCCCUGUUGAGGGAGGAGCCCCAGAGCAGACCUGGGACACGCUGGAGGGAUUAUGUCUGGACUUGAAGAGGUGACUAGGGACCGGAAACUCCGUGCUUCUCUACAGAGACAGCUGCCUCCUCGACACCGAUGCUGCGUGCUUUAGGUUGCCCUGUGAUUAGCUGGCUACCAUUCCAGGCUGUACUUUGUGUUUUACUAGGGGAUUAUGACAGAGCAACAGGACAAAUCCCACUCUUAAGACUUACUCGAAUGUUACAUAAGCUCAGACUUAUGAUUUGUAAGUUUCUUCAAACAAUAUUUCUGGUUUACAUGAAACCAGAAAUGCCAUGAAACAUGAAAACCGAGCAAUGCCUCCAUACUAGGGAUGAGCCGCAUACUCGUUUUAGACAAGUAUCCAUUACGGAUAAUGAUUUUUGCCGAGUACGAGCAUGAAACGAGACCAGCUCGACAUUAUCCGUAAUCAUGGUGAAGGAAAAUCCUCAUUGGGUAACUACUUAUGUAUUCACUCUUCACGCUCUGUGAUUUCAGACUUAAAAUAACGUACUGAUUUAAUCCCCACCCAUUUCAAACCACGGCCACUUCCGGUGUAUGCCCCGCCCACUCCGAGUACAGAUGCUGAUACAGAUCAUUUAGAUGGGUGAACAGAUACACAGUGGUGUGCUCAUCCCUGCUACAUACCUUUAUUCAAGGUUGGUUGCUUGAGACUGCGUCCUAUCUACGCUGCCACCUUGUGGGCUCAACAUUGAUUACAUUUUCAAGUAGCUUAGUACAGUACCUGUACUUGGUGGAGAACUGUGAGUGUGACUGUGCUCUCAACUCAGUUGACAGUUCCAGCUCCUCCGUUGACAUUCUGGAUUCUGUUGCCUCACCUUGCUCACAUCAUCCUUAACCCCCCCAGGUGAGAUCUUGUAUUAAGCUCCGGAGCAAGGUUGACUGUUAUCUUGGAUUUCUUCCAUUUAUCAUGAUUGUACCAACAGUGCUCUCUUAAGCUCUCAAGCCAUCCGCAUCUCAAAGUCAGCGGCAUCACCCGUCUAUGAUGUCAUCAGUGGUUGACUCUGCAGUUCUUUGCUAACUAACGCAGUUACAUCACAAGACUUUUCUUUUGAUCACGGCUGCAUAAUAACCCACAAUGGAGCCAAAGGCAGUUGCAAGUGCCAGCAUUUUGAAGGCGAGAACCACUAUUGAAUUCAAGAAGUAACUCUUGAACUUGCUGCCACAUCGUAUCUUUUUGUGUUAACAUUUUUGGGUGUGGAUUAAUUGGAUUUAUAUUAUUUUUUAUGGUAAAAAUCGAUUCGGUUAGAGUGUGUUUCGCUUACAGUUGUAUCUACUGAAACAAACUUAUGACCCAGAAUGCUGGUUAGUAGGGGGUCAAAUACUUAUUUCACUCAAAUACAAAUUCACAUGUAAACUUUAUUGAUUUUUUUACACCGAGUCUGUGUUAAAAUAAAGCUACUAUAAAAAUGAUGCACUGUUCAUAUUAAGGGUGUAAACUUAAAAAAAGGGAUCAAAUACAUAUUUUCCGCACCGCAUGUACAGCAACACAGUACAAGAACAAAACAGUGCAAGUCAAUGUAAAGUAGUAACUGUGGUUAGACGAUGUGAGGGUCACCUUUUUAAAAGGCUAUUAAUGGCUUUCACUUCAUCGGUGGACAGUGGUAAAAGGUUGUAGCCCCUCAGCUCAGGCCUUCCUACAAAAACAGAAAAAACAUCCGCCUCAGUCACUCGACAGCAUACGAGGACAUAGCACAUCUUCUCAGCUUUGCUUUGCCUCAGGACAGCGAAAUAAAAGCAUGACAGUAAUCCUUCGUUUAUGGCGGUUAAGUGGUUCCAGAUCCGACCGUGAUAAGUGAAUUUCCGCGAGCAAACUCCUUAAUGAUGUUUUUAGUCAGCUUUCGUGCAGGUGCUACAAUUUCAUCUGUAGAGUAGAACGUGGUACCUUACGAUUUUCGAGAGAGUGUUUUUUUUUUUUUUUGUUUGGUAGGUUAACAUAGUGUCGUUUUCAUGAUUUGAUGAACUGCUCAAUUUUAUCCAUUGGAAGUACAGCAACUUUGUUAUAAGUCAGUACCACACAUCUCUUCUUUGUUUGACUUCUAUGUGCACUGUCUGCACUAAAAAAAAAAAAUUUGUCAAUAAAAAAGACAUUUGGUAAGGUAAGAUGAUUAACAAUGUAGCAAAAGCUAGUAGAUAAUGAUAAAUGAAGAUGCUUGUUCAUUGCGUUUUAGUGGUAGAGGAAUGAUACUUUAAGUGUGCAAGGGUUAAGUGUUAGCUUUCAAACGCUGCUAAGUUCGCUUUCUGUCUGGCUUGCUUGUUGUUCAUAUUUGUCCAUUCAAGUGCUUUUGUCUUCUGUUUUUUCUAAAUUUGGUUUGGUUGAGCUUUGAGCUGUCGUUCUUACGGUAAUGUGUAUGUAUAGCAUGUGUACAGUACUGGGAAAGCAUAGGAAUACCAACUCUGUUAUUAAUACACUGUGUGAGCCCAUCUGUACUCUUAAUAUAUUUUUUGAUCAGAAAACGUCCUUCCUUGUUAGCAUCCUAUUAGCAAGCGAACAAAAUGGCAUCCGGACGGUGCGUCACCCGUAUAUGAUGUCAUCAGUGGGUAUCUCUCAAAAAUAUUAACACAAAACACAUUUUUAUAUGCAUAAAACAAUUGUAAAAGCCUACGAAUGAUGAAUGAAGGGGUUACAUGAACAUUUAAGGUUACGUUUACCAUCACUGAAGACUACUGAUCCCAAAGACACGAUGUGGCAGCGAGACACAACACGGACACCACUUUCCUGUUUUGUCGUGAGUUAUUUCUUCAAUAGUGUUUCUCACCUUCCGUAUCAAAAUGCUGCCCCUUGCAACUUCCUUUGGCUCCAUUUUGGGUAACAAUGUUGAGGUGAGAAACACUGUUGAAUUCAAGGAAAAAACUCAUGACAAAACAGGAAGGAGGUGGUGGUUGAUAUCGCUGUCACAUCGUGACUUUGGGGACAGCACAUCAAAUAUCACGUCUGCAGUGAAGGUAAAAGUAACCUUAAAUACUCCUUUAUCCCUUUCAUUCAUCAUUUAUAUGCAUUUAAAACUAUAAUUGCAAAACUAUUAAAAAAAAAUAUGUUUUUUGUUAAAACUUUGGCUUUCUGGAUUAAUUGGAUUUACAUUAUUUCUUAUGGGAAAAACUGAUUCGGUUAGAUUUGUCCAUUUCGGUGAGAGUCACACUUUCUGGAACAAAUGAAUGACGCUCACCAUGGUUCCACUGUACAGGGGUGCCUAUGGUUUAAAAAGGGUAACAUUUGUGCAAUGUGUAAUUGUCAUUGAGUAGUUUAUUUCUUCUCUCCACCGGUGAAUUUUCCACCGCAAAUGGAACCUCGGACACCAUCCGCCCCAGUUGGCGUGUUUCCCAGUUAACGUCAAAAAUUUACACCAAAAUCUUGCCUCGGUUUACAUACAUUUUCUAGUUUUCAUACAAUACGGCACUCAUCUUGUCAGGUUAUUACUAUGCUGUGUGAAUUCUUAAUGUAUUUUUAUCACAAAACAUCCUUAGCUUUUAACAAAGAUGGUAGCUUGCCAAGUUACAAAAUGUCAGCAGGAACCGAAAGUCAGGGACACAGCCGAUCUAUGACAUCAUCAGCGGUUGACUCUCAAAAAUGUUAACACAAAACACAUCUUCAUAUUGUUUUAUAUGACAAAUUAAAGUGCUACAUGAACAUUUAUGGUUACUUUUACCUUCAUUGAAGAAAGGAUUCUUGAUGUGAGCGUUCCCAAAGAUACAAUGUGGCAGUGAGACACAACCCUCGUGUUUUGUCAUGAGUUAUUUCUGGAUUUCAAAUAAAUUCAAUAGUGUUUUUCGCCUUCUUCAUCAACAUGCCGGGAUUUGAAACUUGUGGCUCACUUCUGGGUUACUGAGGUGAGAAACACCAUUGAAUUCGAGAAAUAUCUCACGGCAGAACAGGAAGGUGGUGUUCGUGUGGUGUCUCACUGCCACAUCGCGUUCCGCUGUAUACAUUUUUAAGUCUGUUUGUUAAAUGUAAGCUUUGACAUAAUGUUGACAUCUAGUUAGUCUAUCUUUUAACUUUGUGCAGUGCGGAACUAUUUUUCCACCCAGUUUCAAACCUUUUUUGUAAAGAAUAAUUUGCCUCAUGAGACUUGUUACUCUUGUACACAUAUAAAUUAAAGACUGUACAGUCAUCCCUCGCAAUGUCGCGGUUUGAUUAUCGCUCCCUCGCUAUGUUGUGUUUUUUCAGAAAUUAAAUUACUGCAAAUGGUUGCUGUUUCGUGGGUAGACUUUUGUCUAUUAUUAGUCAAACCAUAUUGAAAUCCAAGUGAUAUGUGGUAUUCGGUCACUUGGCAGUAGCAAUGACACAAAACAUUGAGACAUUACCUUACAUUAUAUCACCUUGACACUGCAUGAAGUCAGCCAUGGCAUGUCCAACAUGAUCGAGUGAAAAAGGUUCUCCUCCCAUUCCGUGUGAAAGUGGUUUUUGGCGUCUUCAUUUUACAAGAAAUAACUUCGAGGCUAACUGGUUAGCUUGCUGGCUAGCGGCCAUCUCAAGUCCCUGCAGCAUAACAGUUGCUGUGUCGUAAACAGUGAAUAAUAGGAGUGUACAGGUGAAUAUAGGGGUGUUAUUUCAUGUCUAGAGGGCUCUAAUAAUGCUAAAAUUUUGAAAGUCAUAAAGAGGUUUUCUAUGCUCUAGCUACAAAAAUAUUAAACAUUGAGUCCUAUAUCGCGGAAAUAAAUUUACCGCGGUCGGGUCUGGAACCAAUUAAUCUCUAUAAACGAGCGACGACUGUAUCUCAUAAAAGGAAGUACAGCCCCCCCGAUUUAGGAUACAAUCAAAUUGUUAUGGAACGAUUGAUCAGCGAAAAAGAAAAGAGUCACAAAAAGGUCACUCUGUUCCUUGAAAUGAACAAAUUGCAUACGCACCUUGCAGCUCAUUGAGAUGGUUGACUUUUGCUUUUAGUCCUUUGCGAAGGUCAUUUAUUUCCAUGUCCAGUUGUUCCUGGUCUACAGAUGAGAAAGCAAAAGCCUAGCAUCAAUUCAUAUCUGAGAGGAAAGACAAUUCACAGUUGAAACUUUACCUUUCUGAAUGACCUCUCUUGCCUUGGGCUUGGGGAAUUUGAUGAACAUGUUUCCAAAGCAAAGCUUGACUUUUUCUGCAAGGGACAGGAAGCCAAUGGACGAGUUGAGCAUGGUUUGACAUGAUAUUGACAGAAUGAUGAGGGCUCACUAACCUGAACACAUUUCAUCCUUCAGUGCAUUCAGUGCUUCUCUGUUCCUGUUUCUCUUCACGUCCAGGUCGACUAUCUGUAAGGCCAAGACACACACUGUCAAGAAUGUGUCUUUGUUUCAACUGCUGCACUACACACACACACGCGUCUUUUCAGUGCAUAAAUCUAAAACUAUCAAGUUUUCUCAAACAUUUUGGGGUAACGGACACCUUACAGGAGAGAACAUAUUCCAUUCUUUACAUUUCAAACACGUACGUACGUUAACCGAGGUUCCAUUGUAUAUGUAAUUUUAUUAACAUUUCAUUCUUUUAAUAACUAAUCCUUUUAUGUAUCAUUUAUGUAUAUGUAUUAGGGACACGCCGUAGAAUAAUAAUUACCACCAAAUGUGUAAAGGUCUCUAAACUGAUACGAGGACAGACCUUAGGUGCGACGACAGUACAAGUGAAAUUGUUUAACAACUUAAAAAUAGUUAAAUUUACAGUAAACGGUCAACAACAACGCGUGCACAAAAAAUAGUUGAUAACCAAGUAUUAUGACUUAACUUUACGUCGUGUGCUUUCAUGUUCUAAUAUGAAAUAACAUUCAACACAAAUAUUUCAACAUUGUUGUUUUACCUGUUGUUUCGUUGAAAGGACAUCUUCAGCCGCUUCCUCCACCUCUGAUAAAUAUUUCACUACAUGCUGAGAGUCGGCGUCCAUCAUGGAUCGAAAGUACGCUACACCUUUUGCUACUUGUUCUAGUAUUAUUUUCUUCUUCGUCGUCGUCUUCCGUUCUUCCUCGUUUAUGGUCGGCAAAGAACGCAUAGUUUGUGCAUUAGCGCCACCUUCUGAAAUGGAGUGCAAACAAAUGACGUUGAACGUAAUUUAUCAAAUGUGUCUUUUCCAUUCUUGCACAUUUUUGUCCACUAUUUGAAUAUUGCACUAUAAAAAAACGUGAUUUGAUUAAUUGCAUUUUAAAUUCAUUUUAAUUAAUGUAGUUCACUUAAAAUUAUUUAAUUUGUUUCUUUUUUUUUCUUAAAAAAAAUAAUAAUUUAAUUAAUUAAAACCAAAGAUGCCAUUGGGCAUCUCUGUGUGGAGUUUGCAAAUUCUCCCCGUGCAUGUGUGGCUUUUCUCUGGGUAUUCUAUAUGUGUCCUGUGAUUGACUGGCGACCAGUCCAGGGUGCACACCGCCUCUCGCCCGAAGUCACAUGGGAUAGGCUCCAGCAUACCCCCGCAACCCUAAUAAGGACAAGCGGCAUAGAAGAUGGAUGGAUGGAAAACCAAGGAUACUGUGUUCUCUUUGCAGGGUUUUUUUCUGGCUAAUUUCAGGUUAUAGUUGUGUUUAGUUUAUGGACAUUCCAUCAUUUCAUCGGUGACACUUUACAUCUCCAGGAACUAAAAUGUAUAAAUGAACAAUAACAUUAACUGUGAAAUACAUUUUUAUAAAGCACAUUGAUUGAACAUUGAUUUGGUUGCAUAAAUGGAUAAAGCAAUUAAUUUAAACUACCUUGAACACUGGAAAAAUAUCAUUUGUUGCCUGUCCUCGAUUCCUAACAUUAGAUUUUACCAUGACAUAUCAUCGUUUAAAUCUUUCAGAAAUGUUAGGUUUUGUUUGUGUUCUUCCUCCUUAUCCCAACUGUACUUUAAGUUUAUUUUCUUUCAAACAAAACAAAACAAAACAAAUCUGCUAAACUCUUUAACAAGAGCGCACUGUAAUAUUUAAGGAAAUAGUUAAAAAAAAAAAAUGCUAGUCAAAGAUCCUCUAUAUAAAAGGAGUGUGCUGUCGCUUUUAAGGACCUACUGCCAAAAACAAAACAAACGCUAGUCAAAGAUCCUCUAUAUAACAAGGACACUCUGUUGUAUUAAGAACAUAGUGCAAAAAAAAGAACAGUCAUAGAUCCUCUAUAUCACAGGAACACUCAUUUUCAAGGACUUACUGCCCCCCCAUUCUCUCCCGACAAAAAGCGGUAGUCAAAGAUCCUCUUUAUAACAGGAGCACUCUGUACUUUUUAAUGACCUACUGCCAAAAACAAAACAAACGCUAGUCAAAGAUCCUCUAUAUAAAAAGAGCGUGCUGUUGUUCAUAAGGACCUACUGCAAAAAUAAAACAAACGCUAGUCAAGUCAAAGAUCCUCUACAAACGGGAGUACUCUGUCAUCUUUAAAG